GCGAGAUUUGAGCAAAAAACGUGAAAAAAGUUUUUAUUCAUCAAUAUGCCUCCAAAAUCUAAAAAUCGGACUGAAUGGGGAGAAUGCGUAACAUGCAACAAGACCGUUAGUUUCAGGGACUUCGAUAAGCACCAGGUCACAUGUAAAGGUGAUGGGAAACGUGAACAUGGGUGGUUUGAAAAUGGCAUUUUGUUUGCGGAAAUAUUUGCUGACUCAGGAAAUACAGGUGAAAACAUCAAGCUGCCACUAUCAACCAGAAAAAGCCUCGUGUUCAUGAGCCCCUCUACAAUGAAACUUGCAGGUUUCUCAAUAGGUCAGCCAGUGGUCUUGAAUGGCGGACACGUUUAUACUGUAUGGCCAUGUGACACUACCCCACCAGCUAAAAUAGCAUUGGCUGUGGAAAUUCAAGAGAAGAUUGGUGCGCCUACUAUAGUUACAGUUGAGAGUUUACCCACACCAUGUGAAGAUGCUAACCAACUUAUUGUUAGUUGCAGUUGCAGUGAAGCAAGUGCAGUAGAGUUUCAGAAAUAUGCCAUACACAGUCUAGUUGGUGCGUAUGUGACUAUUGGAUCUUCUCUAGCAAUCAAAUACUAUGGGCAGAAUGUCAGUUUGGUUGUACAGGCUAUAAUGGGACCUGCGUCAUCAGAACAUACUAACAACGAAGCAGAAUCUCAACAGCUCAGGGACCUGUCAAUCUCAUCAGAACAGUACCUUAGUGGGACCAUAUCUCAAUAUAGGGACCUGUCAGUUUCAUCUGAGCAAACUAAGAGUGACCUGUCAUCUUUGGAUUGUAACAGUGGGGAUGUGUCAUUAUUAUCAAAAAGUGUCGAAAAUAUAGAUUUGAAUGAUAGUGAGUCGGUAAAUAACCUAACAUCGACUCCCUCAAAAUGCAAUAAUGACAGCCAGAGCCAGAGGUCAGACGAUAGGGACCUCUUGGUCUCGACCCCGAAAUCAAGUGAAAAUAUGAAAUCACAAUUCUGCACUCCAAAUAUUAAAAGGACUACAUCUACAGGACAAAAGUGCAAUAAGUUUUACAAAAUAACAAGUAAGACAAAGUUGAUGCUGGAUGGCAAAGAAGAUGGGGAUGCGGAUGAAGAUGAAGUGAAUGCUGAUACGGGGUCUGUGACUCUAGAAGAUAUAGGAGGCCUUGAUGCAGAGAUUGAGAUGAUACGAGAGCUGAUCCAACUACCUCUGAAGCAUCCUCAUGUGUUUAAAUCACUAGGUUUGUCAGUUCCAAGGGGUGCGUUGCUGUAUGGUGCACCAGGCUCAGGAAAGUCCUCAGUCAUCCAGGCACUUUGUAACGACCUUAAUAUCCAUUCAGUCAUCAUCAAUGCAGCUUAUAUAUGGAGCAAGAACCCUGUGGAAUCUCAAUCAAAACUUGAAACAGCAUUUACUGAAGCAAUAUCUAAGGCACCCUCCAUUGUUUGUAUCGAUGAUGUGGAUGCUAUAUGUUCCCGGAAAUCAUCCCAAAAUGAGACUGACAGACGUAUUGUCACCUGCCUCGUGUCACUUAUCGAAGGAUUGAAUAAGGGCAAAGGAGCAGAGGUGGUUGUGUUAGGUACUACCAGUAAAGUGGAGCAAGUGGACCCAGCCCUAAGAAGACCUGGCAAGUUUGAUAGAGAGAUAGAGAUCCCUGUCCCCAAUGCAAUUCAUAGAAAUCAGAUUCUAAGUAAAAUGCUGAGAGGUGUGAAGCACAAUGUGGGCACAGAGGAAUGUAAGAUGAUCGCUGACUGCACCCAUGGAUAUGUGGGAUCUGACCUGAAAUCUCUCUGCCAGGAAGCUGGUCUGUUGGCUUUAAAGAGACAUCUAGGGGAGGUUGACGUUGGGGGAAACUAUGAAGGUGAUGUAAUGUUAGAGGUAUCUGACUUGAAGCAGGCCAUGAAGACAGUACAACCAAGUGCCAUGAGGGAGGUCGCUGUGCAUGUGCCUAAGGUUCUAUGGUCUGAUAUAGGUGGUCAAGCCUCCUUGAAGCAGAAACUUCGCCAGGCUGUAGAAUGGCCACUGACUCACCCUGAGGCAUUCACACGCUUGGGUAUCCAACCCCCCAGAGGUGUCCUGAUGUAUGGACCUCCAGGGUGCUCUAAGACUAUGAUAGCCAAGGCUUUGGCUACUGAGAGUGGCCUCAACUUCCUCUCUAUCAAGGGUCCAGAACUGUUCAGCAAAUGGGUCGGAGAAUCAGAGAGAGCUGUGCGUGAACUUUUCCGUAAAGCAAGGGCAGCUGCGCCAUCUAUAAUCUUUUUUGAUGAAAUCGAUGCACUCACUUCAGAGAGAGGAAGUGCUGGAGGAAGUAAUGUGUCAGAGCGUGUUCUAGCUCAACUUCUGACAGAAAUAGAUGGCGUAGAAAGUCUCAAGGAUGUUACCAUAGUAGCAGCAACAAACAGACCAGAUAUGAUUGAUAAGGCAUUAAUUCGACCUGGCCGUAUAGAUAGGAUGGUUUAUGUUCCACUUCCCAAUGCAGAGACUCGCAAUGACAUAUUCCAAAUAAGGUUGCGAACAAUGCCCCUCUCUGAUGAUGUCACAAUAGAUCACCUGGUUGCAGGCACUGAAGGAUAUUCUGGAGCUGAGAUUGUUGCAGUGUGCCAUGAAGCUGCUAUGGCCGCAAUGGAGGAGAGCAUGAAAGCGGACUCUGUUACUAAGCAACAUUUUCAAACUGCCUUAUCAUUGGUUAAACCUAGGAAUACACCUGAUUCAAUGGAGGUGUUCACAAACUUUCACAAAAAUAGUGGACUUCAUUCUGUUAAAUGAAUUCAGAAUGUAUUGUGAUGCCAAAUGCUUAAAUACAACAAUGAUGCAUUCAGAAAUGGAUUAAGUUAUCAGUUAAUGAGUG